AUGGGCACUCCAGCGAAGGAGAGAGUUCAACAAUGGACAGAGGUUGUAUCUGGAAGGAGCUCACGCAUCUCAUGGGCAGACAAAGUUAAGCAAGAGGUGAAUUCCAAUGCAAUUGAUCAAGUGAAUCCUGAAUGUUGUGACAACAAAUUAAUUGGUGAAAUUGAUUUGGGGGAUAUUAGCUCUAAGAUAGAGUAUUGGCAAAAUGCUAUUGUUUGCUAUUUGUUGGGUGCACACCCACCAUUUACAGUACUUAAUAGAUUUAUCCAAAGAGUGUGGGGUAAAUAUGGAAUCAACGAAGUGGCAAUGAUGAGGAAUGGGAUUGUCAUGGUGAGGUUUAAUAGUGAGGAAGGAAAAUUGGAGGUGUUACAGGGAGGUAUCUAUCAUUUUGAUAACAAGCCGUUGAUAGUUAAAGCUUGGACUCCAGAAAUGGAGUUUUCUAAAGAGGAACUACUGACCAUACCAAUAUGGAUCAAACUGCCAGGAUUAGAUUUCAAAUAUUGGAGUGCAAGGGGUUUGAGUAAGAUAGGUAGUCUAGUAGGUAAACCGUUGAUGGUUGACAAACAGACUGAAAAGAAAUUGGGAUUAAGCUAUGCUCGACUGUUGGUUGAGGUUAAUGUGGGUAAGACACUACUUGAAGAGGUGUUGUUUAGAAAUGAAAAGGGUGUGGUAAUUACACAAUCAGUGACAUAUGACUGGAGGCCAUCUUUAUGUGACCAUUGUCAUAAAUAUGGUCAUGAUAAAGAUAAUUGUAGGAAAUUACAUCCAACCCAACAGCAUGUGGAUGAAACGAAGGAAACCAAGGAGGAGGACAAGAUGCAGACUAAUGCGCGAUUUGAUAAGGGGAAGGAGAAAGUGCAGGAGAUUCGAAAGUAUGGUGGCAAUACUAGGAGGUAUUUCUCUCAACUAUUAGGGGAAAAGGAGUUUGGACAACGACAAAAGGCUGAAGAGGUGUUCUUAAAGAACGGAAAUCAGUUAUUUGUGUAUCAACAAGUGCAACUACUUGAACCGUUUACCAGGAAGGAGGUGAAAGAGGCAACUGAAGAAGGUGUUGCCAUAUUUGGUAAACCAAACUCCAGCAGCGUUUGUAAAAGGGAGUUCUCUAGUACACAAUGUCCUUAUAUGUCAUGA